AUAUAUAAUAUGAAUUAAAUUUUACUUCAAAUGUAAACCUUUACUGUAGGUCCAAAUUUUUGUUGAGGCCGAAUGUAUCAUUUAGCCCAAAUGUGCAUCAAACUAACUCGCUUAUCGCACAUUGUACGGAGGGAAAGCACGUCGUUACACCUGUCACUGUGCGUGACCUUUCAACUUUGACGUAUAACGGUACACUGCGCACCUGGAGUUUCAGCUGUCAAAUGUUUUCUGAUAGCGUUGCAGUGAGCACAGUGAUGGUUUAACGCGAGUGUGUAUACACGAAGGAUUUAAUUUGUCAGUUCUGCUUUUUUAAUCAUUUUGGAAUUAUUUGUGAAUAUAGAUAAUGAAGAACACAGACGAAAGUCAUAGAAUAACGGAAUCUGUAUACAAGGGACUUGCAGAAAAUUUUAAUCCUGGAGUUCGACAAAUAAUAGCAUGUGGAAAAAUGUACCACAAGGCCUUGCAAGGCCUAACCGCUGCUGCCAGGGCCUAUACAGAGGCCCUCCUGAGAGUAGGGCAGACAGCUAGAACAACGUGCUCAGGUGGUACUGAAGAAAUAGGAGAAGCAAUAUAUGAGAUAGCAGAAGCCCACAAAGACGUACAGGCCAGAGUAGAAGAAAAUUCAAAAGCCUUGUUCACAGAGUUAAUCUUGCCAUUAGAACAGAAGUUGGAAAAUGAAUUCAGGAGAUCUUCGUCACAACACAAAAAAUACACAACAGGACACAAGGUUGUGUGGGCUCCCUACAGUAAAGCCGUGGAGUCCCUGAAAAAAUUCCGCAAAAAAAGCCGAAACAAACCGGUGUUUGAAGAGCAAAAGGAGGCUCAGCAUGUGAAAACACUCGAAAGGUGUCAGGAGAAGUUGGAUGAAUUCAGGCAGAGUGGACUAAAACUGGCUCUCCUUGAAGAGAGGAAAUAUCAUUGUUUUUUACUAGAUCGCCUGAACGCCAUGGCAACACUGUACGCCAAUCACCAUAAACAGUCUGCAGAGACGUUAAUGACAGGACUUACAAAAUGGAAGCAGCUUUCUGUCAAACCUCACAUUCUACCACCGGAGGCGGAUAGACUAUUGAUGAUUUCGGAUCAUGAUCACAUGACUGAAAUGAAUGGCGGAUUGUACCGAAAUGACAUAGAGACGCGGUCAUUAGGCAGUCCCUACAAACGGUCCCAGAGUGUUCACGAUGUCUACCGACACCCAAUUCCUGUACAGUCUGAGACUGGGUCAGACAUUUACACCAAGACUUUGCCCCAUGGCAGGGUAGUUCCCCCACCGCCCCCUAUCUCUGGCCUCCAGGUUAGGGCUGUGUACUCCCAUGAUGGGACGGGGGAUACCAAGCUGUCUUUCAUGGAGGGUGACAUAAUCAACAUUGUGGGGGAGAAGGCUUCUGAAGGUUGGCAAUAUGGUCUCAACACAAGAAUGGGAAAAUAUGGCUGGUUUCCCCUGUCUUUCACAGAGCCAUUCCUUAUGCCUCCCUCACGCAAUGGCCAUUCCAUGAUGAAUGGCAGAGUGAAAAGUAUGGGAGAUUUAUUGGAUGACCAGUCGGAUGGUGGAUAUUAUAUGGAGCACAACAUGCCAGGAAAUGCUCAGAGACCAAAAUCCUUGUAUGAAGGGUCAGGAGUCCGAUUACCAGUCAAUGACAGUCCUCAGCUGAUGAGGUCACAAAUCCAUCACCCUGGGUGGACUGGACAACACCCUAAUUUUAUGGGGUCUUACUCUUUACCAAGACAAUUCACAGGGCAAGGGGCAUAUAUGAACUCUGAAAUGGACCACCUUUACCACUUUUUGCCCUCUGACCAACAGUACACUGGAGACGGAGCAACCAAUGCUCACCAUCAGGACCCCAAUUACUCCAGACCUGAGGCCAGGGACAAUAAUCCCCCAUCUCCUCCUCUGCCCCCUCCCCCUUCUCCUCUGCCAUCCCAACACCAUUCCCCAGUCAAUGGCACCCCUUCACCCUCAUUCUCUUCAGCUUCCCCCAGUAUAAAUUCCUCUCUCAGAUCAGAAUCUCCUGCGAGAAGAAACCCAAUUCAUCAAAACCAGAAAAUCAACCAAUCAGCUCACAAUAUUCCAUCAGCACCACCUCUUCCUCCAACUUCUGCACCAAUCACAAGCACUCAUGCUUCUUCUGCUGCACAGUCUGAUACUUCAGUUUACCACAAUUUAUAUCAGAACACCCAGGGAAGCAUGCCAGGGUAUGGGCAUAUGUCUCGUCAACAACACAGCAUCCCCCCACCCCCUCCUCCCGCCCCACCCGGGCCCCCUCCCAUCGGCGGACAUCGGCAUGGACCUGCUAUGAAUUAUGGGACAGAUGAAGAGGAUUCAGAUUUCCGAAGAAAUCCUAAGUUUGCCGACGUGAGUUUAAGGAGAGCUAUGACCGACGAUAAAUCUAGACCUCGUGUUUAAUAGGCAGAACCUAGAGAUUGGUGCUACAUUGAAUAAAUAACUGUCUACUCAGACUCCACUCACCAUCCUUCUACAGAAUUUACUUGUACUCACUUUUGUGUAUCCACAUUGUACAUGCUGUUUCAUGUCAUGUUGAGGUUUCAGUUUUUCAUUCAGUUGAAGCUGCAGAUCUGUAUAGCUCUCUUGGGAAAAUAUUGGGCGAACCCAAUUGGAUCUUCUCCAAUAUAUUUUCCCAGAGAGCUACAGAUCUGCAGCAAAUAUUUUCAAUGCUUCCAAUUUGAUCUGCCCUUUUCAAAUUUUGUUGAAAAUGUAAACUGUUUAGUGGUUUAUUUCAUAUUUCAGUCAUAAUUGUAAUUAUCUUCCAACCUGAUGUGCUUUUAUUUUCUGUACAAUUUGAACAAAUUUGAUAGCAAUUGAUGUUAAUAUUUGUAUAAAAAUACAUGUAUAUUAUCCCAUAUUCAAUCAUUUUGGUGUAAAUAAAGUUUCCACCUUUAUUAUUGCACAUAACAAUAUCUCAGACAUGUUAUAUGUAGGAAAUCUCAAUCAGAGGAAAUUAGGAAUGAAGAAUUUUCAAGUGCUGUUAUUUACGAAAGUCCCUUAAACAGGUUUGGCCAGUCCCCCAACUUUGUGAUAAUCACCUAUUUGGGCAACUGGGCGGAGUCUGUUUAAAAUUCAUGGUGUUGUUUUAUUUCACCUUAAUCUUAGCUUAGAAAUUGUGCCCCCCCCCCCCCCCUCUCCCUCUCUGUGUUAAUGUGUAUGAUCAAGAUAAAAUUACAUAGGCAACCAGGGUUAAUAAAGAAUUACCUAAUCUUUUUGUAAACGAGUGUUCAGAUAUUAAGUUUUUGCACCUGGAAUAUGUUUUGACUCAGGGAAAAAUAAAUAAUUUUAUGGAUAUUAUGAUUAUAAGUUGCUUUGAUAGAACUUAAAUAUCAUAAAGCCUUUUCUUUUUAAGGAUAAAAAAAGAAUCAGUUUGUGUAUAAUUAGGUAAUUGUGAUAUUUAUGAAUGUUACAGAUGUUGAAUUUGCAAUAUGUCUAUGUAUAUUUAUAGUCUGAUGCUUUAUGUAUAUAGUUUAAAAAUGAACAAAUUUAUAUAUAUAUAUAUAUGGAAUACACAAUAGAUAAGCUAUUAUCAUUGUAUAACUUUUAAAGUGUUUGUCUUGGGGUAAUAUGAUUUUGCAAACAGUUUGUGGAACAACUAAAAUGCUGUCUAAGGGAUGUUGCACGAUAUUGUUUCUCAAAUCAUUUGGUUAGAGCUAUUUUCAGCAACUACACAGAGAAGUUAGUAAUACUUGUAUAAAUAGAAAGUUUUUUAAAAAUAUUGUAUGAUGUUUUUUUCCGAAGAAGGCAGCCCUUUGAUUGAUUAAAAACAGAAAGUCACCUAGCUUAGGAGACCACAUUUUUUAUAAAUGAGUGUUUUUUUAAAUUUGUUUAUGAUUUUUAAUGAUUGACACUAUGUUAAAACUUUCUUGCAGUUUCUGAUGUUGCAUUAUCUGUUUUCAAUAUAUGCAAGACCAAUAUUUUAGCCUGAAUUCAUGUUAUGAAAUUGUUAUUACCAACAUUGAAUGUUACCUGUUCUAUAUGUUAUUUAAUAAAUAAUUAUCUAUCA